ACUCAGAGAGAAAGAAAACGGGAGAGGGGGAGAACGUGCAAGUCCACAAGCCUCCUGCCCCUGAGACCCCUGGGUCGGCGUGGGGGGCUCCACAGCAUGUGGGAGCUGCGGUCCAUAGCCUUCUCCAGGGCUGUGUUCACAGAGUUCCUGGCCACGCUCCUCUUUGUCUUCUUCGGCCUGGGCUCGGCCCUCAACUGGCCCCAGGCCCUGCCCAGCGUGCUGCAGAUCGCCAUGGCCUUUGGCCUGGCCAUUGGCACCCUGGUACAGAUGCUGGGCCACAUCAGUGGGGCCCACAUCAACCCUGCUGUGACCGUGGCAUGCCUGGUGGGCUGCCACAUCUCCUUUCUCCGAGCCGCCUUCUAUGUGGCCGCCCAGCUGCUGGGGGCUGUCGCUGGGGCUGCCCUGCUCCAUGAGGUCACACCGCCAAGCAUACGAGGAGACCUAUCUGUCAAUGCACUCAGCAACAGCACGACAGCUGGCCAGGCCGUCACCGUGGAGCUCUUCCUCACCCUGCAGCUAGUGCUCUGCAUCUUCGCCUCCACUGACGAGCGCCGUGAGGACAACCUGGGUGCCCCGGCCCUCUCCAUUGGACUGUCUGUGACACUGGGCCACCUCCUUGGGAUCUACUACACCGGCUGCUCCAUGAACCCUGCCCGCUCCCUGGCCCCAGCCGUAGUCACCGGCAAGUUUGAUGACCACUGGGUCUUCUGGAUCGGACCCCUGGUGGGGGCCAUCCUGGGCUCCCUCCUCUACAACUACGUGUUGUUCCCGACCUCCAAGAGCCUGUCGGAGCGCCUGGCGGUGCUCAAGGGGCUGGAGCCCGACACCGACUGGGAGGAGCGCGAGGUGCGGCGGCGCCAGUCUGUGGAGCUGCACUCGCCGCAGAGCCUGCCCCGCGGCAGCAAGGCCUGAGCCCCCCGCCCGUCUCGACCCUGCUCCGCAGCCCCAGGUCGCGCCGCCCCGGCCAUAGCUGCUCUGAGCCUGGGCCUGGGAAGUGCGGGCGACCGCGAGCAGGCAGCGGGAGGUUCUAGAGAGCCGGCCCCUGGUGGGGCGCUGCGUGGGGUGGGAGAGCAGUGUGCGCCCAUCUUGGCGGGUGGGGUCCGCACAGGCCUGCUGGUGUGUGUUCACCCCCAGCGACCCUACCCCCAGGGCGGAACUGUGGGUGCCUCCCCAGGCGUGAGCAGAUGUGCCUGUGGGGGUGCCUGCGUGCAAGGGAGGGUGGCCUCUCAUUCCAACUGUGACCCUUCCUCCCCAGUUGCAAUAAAUCCACGUCCCCCGAA